GGCACAAGCCAAAUCCCACCCCUCCCUCGCAUCCUCUCUCUCCUUCACCCUGUUUUCUGUCUUGAGGAGUUUGUUCAAGGGUUCAGUGAGAGUGAGAGGACGGAUGUGGGCUUAUUACCUGACAGCGUUUUAUCUCUCCUAAACACUGGUGCUUUCACCUGCCGUCGGGACUAUUUUUGGGAUUUUUCAUGCCAGAAAAUUUGUUCCUGAAGACAGCAGAAAGUGAAGUACCGCAGUAUCAUGACAAGGAAGGUUUUCACCAACACACGUGAGCGCUGGCGCCAACAUAAUGUGAACACAGCCUUCGCAGAGCUGCGGAAACUCAUUCCCACGCACCCGCCUGAGAAAAAGCUCAGCAAGAACGAGAUCCUGCGGCUGGCCAUGCGCUACAUCAACUUCCUGGUGACUCUGCUGGAGAGCCAGGGCGGAGAGCCGUCGACUCACUCGCAAGCCGCACUCCUCACGCUGCUCACGGGGAACAUGCAGAACCUGCGCACCGACCGCACCUGGACCAGCGACACCGACCCGCCUUCGCCCGGGUCCAGCUGCGACGGCUCAGAAGCGUGGUAGAGCAUUCUGUGAGAGGAUUCUGUGACUGUGACGUUUUUUUUUAAAGUUCCAUCGCCACGGAGAUGCAAAGCUGGAGUGGAUUUCCGGAACUCGGAAUGUUCAUGUUCAUUAUGACAUCACAAUCACUCAUGCUGUUUGGAAAUGAAUGAUCUGUGGAAACCCAGAGACACUUUAUUCACCUGUACUUUAAAAUUGCUCUCAUGCGUAAUCAGGUGGAAACCCUGAACAACAUAAGCAUUGUCAAGAAUGCACUUUGGAAGCAUUUUUAGUAUUUAUAUAAUUUAAUCUCCUAAAAACUCAAGAAUGUUUUGUUUGAGACUGAAGCCAGUAACGAGCUCAGAUUUCGAAUGUUAAUUUAUUUGAUUGUAUUUAAUGUGUUUAUUUAAUAUUUAUGCUAUUAAUGGAUUCAGCACAUGCAACUGGUUGUACAUUAAAUUGUAAUUUAUUAAAUGGAAAAUGUUAUUGUUUAAACUACUCUGCAUUCACAAAUACAAAAUAUGUUUUGCCAAAGAUUAUUUUUGUGCGUUCAUUAUUAAAAAUUGUUGGAUGUAUUUUUCCCUCAUCGUGAAUCAAAUCAAUUGCGUUACUUGAAAAUUAUUAUUUUAUUGUAUUAAUUUAUUAGUCGAUAUGAUAGUAAAGGGGCUAUGUGUAGGUUUUUACUUAUGAAAACUCUAUCUUAAAGAUUUUUUUUGGACAUUUAUGAGCAAACACUAAUGUAAUAGAAAGAAUGAUACCUUGACUGUCCAUCACGGUUGUCUCUAUCAGCCUGUAGGCUCAAUUGUGUGUGGAGGAGGCACGUCAUGCUUGGGCUUACAUCCGUACGGCAGACAUUAGUAAGCAGCGGCAAUCGCUAGCAGUCGUGUUUUAAACGGACUCUGCGGAUGGAAAGAAGCGACCAGCCUCCAGCACAAUCCAGACGCAAUCCAGUUUAAAAAAAAAUAGCGCGUUCAAAAUAGAGAGUGACCGGCGUCAGGCAAAGACAAGAGUCAACAUCGGAGCGGCAUUUGAUUCUUGGAGGGAGCUCCAGUCAGUGCUGGGUAUAAAAACAGAC